AUGCAAUUAGGACUCUCCGAGAACUUGUCUGCGCUGGUCGCACGGCGGUUCAUCGCAGCCAGAGAUGGCGGGCAUCUCAUCUUUUCUUCUACGCACUUGUCGAUCAUCACCACAGCAGGGAUACCAUACCAACUCCGCUACUGCCCUGCUCUUGCAAUGAAACCCAAAGACCUCAAAAAGGCCGAAUCACCAAGUCCCAAACCUCCAAAAAUAGACCCAUUCGAGAACCCUUCCCCGGAGUUGCUUCUCGCAAGCUUCCCUUCACAAAGUCCAACACACGCCCUCGUCCUCAACAAAUUCCCCGUCAUACCAAAUCACUUCAUUCUCGCCACAAAGGCCUGGAAAGAACAAACAGACCUCCUCGAAACCGCCGACCUCGAAGCAACAUACGAGUGCCUCCGCGCCUGGGGCGAUAAUCCAUCCACAAAGUCCAGCUCAACCACUCCCAGCCCCAACCGCCUCUUCGCCUUCUUCAACUCCGGCGAAGACAGCGGCGCCAGCCAACCACACCGACACCUCCAAUUCCUCCCCGUAGAAGCAAUGCACCAACCCGGCACCGAGUCCUGGACCCCCCUCAUCGACCUCAUAACAGCCCAACCACACACCCACUCAACCUUCAAAUCCCACCCCUCCCUACCAUUCGCCCAUUUCGCCCUCCCACUCCCGUCCAACCCGAGCCCAGACACCCUCCACGCAAUCUACAUCGCGUUGUACCGCGCCGCCGUCGGCGCAGUCCAGGGCCGCGAUCUACGAGACGGCUUGCCUGGCAUUCCUAGCCACGGACCCUCGGCGAUAAGCUAUAACCUCGCGAUGACGCUGGAGACUAUGAUGAUUGCGCCGCGGCGCGCGGAGACAGCCUGUGUGCCGGUGGAUAUUGCUGCUGCGGGCGAUAUUGCGGACCCGGGGGUUGUUUCGUUGAAUGGGACUAUUCUUGGCGGCACGUUGAUGGUCAAGGCGGAGGGGGAGUGGGAUGUGCUUAGGGCUCAGCCGGAGGUUUUGGGGAGGUUAUUGAGGGAUGUUGGUGUGCCGGGGACGGGGCAUGCGCUGUUGUAG